CUGCCCUUAAUCCUCACUGAUUUUCUGCUUCCUGCCUUGUUUUGCGCGUAUUUUCUGUCACUGUAAGUUAUUUGACUUUGCGCGUUUUUCUUUAAACCUUUUGUUUUACUUGCUCUUUUUAUAUAAUGCGGCUGCUUUCCGUAUAUUCAUCGCAAAACCCGUUUUGUUCCGAGGUUGUUUUCCCUAACAGGAUCCUACAGGGGUUUGUUUGUUUGUUGCUUCUGGCGAAUAUGGAUUGAAUUAGAAACAAAAACCGUAUAAAUGCACCUGCCGUCGAGGAGAUACUCUGCGUUUGAACUCGAAGAGGUGUGUGUGCCCUGGGUGCAGCCUGGCCUGUGCUCUGGUGGAGAUGAAGAACCCAGGAGCCGCCGAGACCCGCCGGCUGGUCGGCCUGCUGGAGGCCGCUCUGGUCAGGGAGUCUCGCCUCUGGAAGGUACCUGUCUUCAAGAACGGAUGCAUCCAGGGUGCUGACAUCUCUUCAUCCCAACACAAAGAAAUGAUCCUUUGGCUCGGAGAAAUGAGCAGGCUGUUCCACUUCUGUCCAGAGACGUUCGCACUGGGGGUGUGCGUCCUCAACCGCCUGCUGUCCACUGUCAAGGCCCAACCAAAAUACCUGAAAUGCAUUGCUUUUACCUCACUGGUCCUAGCUGCCAAAAUCAAUGAGGAAGAUGAGGUAAUAGGUUCUGUUAAAGACCUGGUUGUGCAGAGCGGAUGCAACUUUUCAACAGCGGAGAUUCUUCGCAUGGAGAGGAUCAUUCUAGACAAGCUGCACUGGGACUUGUACACUGCAACACCAGUCGACUUCAUUCACAUAUUCCACGCCCUGCUCGUCUCCAGCCAUCCCCACCUCAUUCCGUCCAUCGGCCUCGGCUCCGGCGUCGGCUGGGACCCGGCGUCGGACCCCAGUGAGCGUCCCGCCGGGCCGGGGCAUCAGAAGAGGCCUCCGGGCUUCCAGGCGGCGCUGUGGACCAGACAGGUGCAGCACUGUAUGGCCUGCCACCAGCUUUGGCAGUUCAAGGGCUCCACAUUGGCCUUGGCCAUCAUCACUUUGGAGCUGGAGGCGCUCACGCCCGACUGGUUCUCCGUCUUCACCGACCUGUUGAAGAAAGCACAGGUUGAUAGUGCCGAGUUCAUCCACUGCAAAGAGAUCGUGGACGAGUACCUACACAGCCUGGAGUUGUCCCUGCCGGCCAACGCCGUCUACAUCUUCGACAGCGCCCAGAUCCAGGAGGAGGAGCGAGUCUGGAGCCCCACGCAGCACCUCAGGCAGCCCAGGAGGGGACGGCGAGGCGGCGGCGGCGAGCAGGGGGACUCGGAUGAGUAUUACGACGGUUUUUGGUGUUUGUAUAACGAGGAGACGACACCGGGUGUGGAGGGAAGAGAUGUCGAGGGUUUGUUUGAUUCCCAGCAGAAAAACGUCUCCCCCUGCCCGCCGCUGCACCCCGCUGUCAAUUAGGAUGGUUAGUCCCACCACCCAUCUCUUCACAAGUGCACGGUGCCCCCUAUUCUACAUUUAUGAUGUUAUGAAGUCAAUUAGCACAUUUUAGUACCCCACGAAACAGCUCACUGAUGCUCUAAGGUCAUAGACUUAAAUCCUGAUGUUUUUCACCUGUUGUAAUAUUUAGGAAUUGAUUCAGAAGAUUUGAGUAAAUAAAGGUAGAAAUUCUCUUUUUGCUAAGGCCAAAUUAAAUACCCGUUUUAGUCCCUUCUGUGCACUUGUCGACCAAAUGUGAAUCCUAAGGUGUGUGUGGACAUGACCUGUUCUCUGUGUUGACAGCUGGGCAGUUGUGGGGAAUCUUUGAGCCUGACUGAAUUGAAAUGGAAAUGCUUCUCUUUGGUGCAGAGUUAUUGGUCCAUUUAUGUUCGCUACCUAUUAUUAUUAUUAUUAUUAUUAUUAUUAUUAUUAUUGUUAUUAAUGCCAAGUUGUACUUUUUAACCUUCCUGUCCUUUAUAUCCACCAGAUUGUUUUGUUUCCCUGGUGGGAGGUGAAGGAUAAGAAUUAGGCAGUUGUGUGUGUUUGUUGUUUGUUUUUUUGUUUUUUAUGAGUGGUUGAGGCCAAGAAUGGCUUUUUUAUGUUUGAGAGGUUUUGUUUGUUGUGAAACAUGUUGGUGCUCAGGUUCCCCACCAGAGCCACAUAGCACUUUGGAAAAAAAAAAAAAAAAGUUUUUUUUUUCUUUUUCUUUUUUAAUGCAAAUAAUUUUAUUUUUUCACCUUUUUUAUUAUUAUUUUAACCUUUUACUUACUUGUACUAAACAUCUCUGCUUUAAGUGUUUAUUUACCAGUUAUUUACAAAAGUUAGCUUUUCACAAAAAAAGCUUUAAUUUCUUGACUAAAUGCUGCAAAUGUUUUUAUUCCUUUUUUGAUUCCUCAGCCUGUUUUGAUUUACUUUAUGCAACUGUUGUUACAUAUCAAACACGAGCACCUUUUGGGAGUUUAGUUCAACACUAGAGCAGAAUGACAAAAAGAAUGGGUCAUUUUGACAUCAUGAGAUUAUCUGAUCAGUGAUUAAUGCAUCAUUGUACUCAUUUAAAUUUUCAAUAUAUAUAUAUUUUUCUUAUGAUGACAUACUUAAUGAGAUCACCAAUAAUCAUACCCAGAACAUUCUUGAUAUUGAAGUAUUUGGAUAAAAGUUUCCUGUUUUUUUUUAUUUUGUAAAUAUAACCCAGCUCUGUCAGCUCUGUCAGCUCUGUCGUCAGUUUCAUCACGUUACUGACACAUUUCGAUUGAAACUUUAUAUAUAAUGUUGGCUGAUUACAUGAACAUGCAGCGUGUCCACAGGGACUUCACCUCCACUGCCAAACAGUGAACAGUUCACUGUGUUCAGAGGGAAGCCAGCACUGAGAUCUUUAAUGUGAACUGGUUACUGUCUGUUUUCUCUACGGUUCAGUGUGCUGAGGUUCAUCCAGUCAACGAUUGAGUGGAUGUUACAGCAGUGACCAAUGUAAAUGUUUUUUUUGUUUGUUUUUUAUCUUUCAUAUUCCUUCUGAUACUGAGGCAGCUAUAUCGACAGAAAUAAAGCUAA